AUUUGGAAGUCCGCAGCAGUUCUGUCCGCACCGACACCGCUCUUCUUUCGGAUUUUACGCGCUGGAUUACCGCUCUUUCUCGGGAAUAUUCGCUUUUUGUGGAUGUGUUUGUGACGCGCAGGGGAUGCCGGGACCGUAGCGCUGCAGUUUGGACCGUACGGAGCGCGUUUCUCUUCCGUCUCCAGCGCGAUGUUUGACGGAGCCAGGAUGAGCCGCGGGUCGCUAUUGUUCCUCCUGAGCCAAGCGCUGCUGGUGGGAGCGCUCACGGAGGAGUGCGGGGGGAACAUAGAGAUCGAUACCCCGGACUACCUGACCUCCCCGGACUACCCCUCGGCCUACCCGCCCUCGCAGCACUGUGUCUGGGUCAUCACUGCUCCAGAGCCCAGUCAAAAGAUCCUCAUCAACUUCAACCCACACUUCGACCUGGAGGACCGCGACUGCAAAUAUGACUAUGUGGAGGUGUAUAACGGAGGAGGCGAGAGGGCUCCGAUGAUUGGGAAGUUUUGUGGGAAAAUCGCUCCGUCUCCGAUCGUGUCCAGCGGCUCUCAGCUCACCGUCAAGUUUGUGUCCGACUACGAGACGCACGGAGCCGGCUUCUCCAUCCGCUACGAGGUCUUCAAAACAGGUCCCGAGUGCUCGCGGAACUUCACAGCUGCACAAGGACGCCUUGUGACGCCGGGGUUUCCCGACAAAUACCCAAACAACUUGGAGUGCACGUUCAUGAUCCUGGCGCCUCAAAUGUCGGAGAUCGUGGUGGAGUUUGAAACGUUCGACAUGGAGCCUGACACCACGCCUCCACCAGGGGCGCUGUGCCGCUACGACUGGCUGGAGAUCUGGGACGGGUUUCCUGCAGUGGGCCCUCAUAUCGGGAGGUAUUGUGGUCAGACGUCUCCGGGCCGGAUCGUGUCUUACACUGGGAUCCUGUCCAUGACCAUCACCACGGACAACGCCAUCUCCAGGGAGGGCUUCUCCGCCAACUACAGCAUCCGAGCGAGAGGCCUCCCACUGGGGCACGAGUCCUCAGACUUCUCGUGCCUGGAACCGUUGGGGAUGGAGUCUGGAGACAUCGGAUCAGAUCGGAUCGUGGCCUCGUCCAAAUACAACCAGAACUGGUCUCCAGAAAGAUCCCGACUCAACUACAGAGAGAAUGGCUGGACCCCCUCUGAGGACACUGUGAGGGAGUGGAUCCAGGUGGACCUGGGCUUCCUGCGCUUCAUUUCGGCCAUUGGGACUCAGGGCGCCAUCUCCAAAGAAACUCGCAAACACUACUACGUCAAGUCUUAUAAGGUGGACCUAAGCUCCAACGGAGAAGACUGGAUCACUGUGAAGGAGGGAUCCAAACAGAAGCUGUUUGAGGGAAACCGGAAUCCGACAGAUGAGGUGCGCUCCUUCCUCCCCAAACCCACCCUGACCCGCUUCAUCCGGAUCCGGCCCAUGAGCUGGGAACAGGGAAUCUGCUUGAGGUUUGAGCUGUACGGCUGCAGGACGUCAGAUUAUCCGUGCUCGGUGAUGCUGGGGAUGGUCUCUGGGCAGAUCACAGACCCUCAGAUUUCCGCUUCGUCCUUUGCCGAUCGUGGGUGGGUGGCAGAGAACGCCCGCCUCUUGACCGGACGCUCUGGGUGGACGGGGCAGCAGACCAAACAGCCCUUCAAGAACGAGUGGAUACAGGUGGACCUUCUGCAGGAGAAGCUGGUGAGUGGAGUCCUGAUCCAGGGCGGGAAACACAGAGACCGGAACGUUUUCAUGAAACGCUUCAGAGUCGGACUGAGUUUAGACGGAGACGAAUGGAACAUCGUCAAAGAGGACAACUCCACCAAGCCAAAGAUCUUUUUAGGAAACUCAAAUCACGACACUCCAGAGCUCCGAUCACUGGGUCCGGUCCAAACCCGAUUCAUCCGGAUUUAUCCCGAACGAGCCACCGCUGAGGGGGUGGGGCUACGGCUGGAGGUGCUAGGCUGCGAGGUCGACGAAGUUACCACCACAACAGUGACCACCCUGCCCCCAGACGCUUCCUCCUCUGGGCUGUCCACUCUCGGAGCCACGCCCACAGCUGGCACCUCCACUCCUGGUUCUAGUGAGACUCAAGUCUGUGAGGGACUGGACUGUGAACCAGAGACUGGGACUGAGGCCGGCACCACAGAGGAGUACAGCGUCGCCACAGCCGGAGGAACAGCCAUGAUCGAGUCCUUUCUCCCCGAUGACAUCAUCCCAGCCUACGUGUGGUUCGCCUGUGACUUCGACUUCUUGUCUCUGUGCGGCUGGAGCAGUGAGGGGGGACAGGGGGCCGAGUGGAUGAUCCAGGGCCAGGGAGGGCAUCUGGCACUCAGGGGACCCGCUCUGGACAGCACAGGUGGUGCUGGUAACUUCCUGUUCCUGUCGGUGUCGGAGCCAGUGAAGGAUGAGCGAGAGGAGUGGGGGGAGAGAGAGAGCGUUGCACGAUUGGUCAGUUUACCGGUGACCGCCCCCAACGCCGACCUGUGCCUGUCCUUCUGGCACCACGUGCAAUCGUUCUCCGGAGCACUCCGGGUGGAACAGAGGGGCUGGGAAGAGGGGGCGGAGCUUCUGUGGAUCUUGAAAGGCGAAGGGGCCGGAGUCUGGAGAGAGGGGCGGGUCCUACUGCCCCAGAAAGUAGCACCCUAUCAGGUGGUGAUGGAGGGUGUGGCUCACAGACACACUUUUGGACAUGUCGCCGUCGACAACAUCCAGAUCCUGGAUGGACUUGACCCUCAAGACUGUAAAGACCCUGAGGUCCCCACAGAGUCUCCAAACCAGAUCAUCAUCCUGCCGAUGGACUCGUCAGAGAGCAGUGAGCUGGGUGCACCCGGCAACAUGCUGAAGACCCUUGACCCCAUCCUCAUCACCAUCAUCGCGAUGUCGGCUCUGGGUGUGUGCGUCGGCGCCAUCUGUGGUGUGGUGCUGUACUGCGCCUGUGCUCAGGGCGGCCUCAGCGACAGAAACCUCUCUGCCCUUGAGAACUACAACUUUGAACUUGUGGACGGGGUCAAGCUAAAGAAGGACAAACUCAACGCACAGACCAAUUACAGCGAGGCGUGAGGGCAGGGGCGGGGCUGCAGGCUCUACGGACCAAUCAGAGAAAGGAGAGAGGGUCUGCAGACUCUAUGGACCAAUCAGUUAGAGGAGGGAGAGGCUAUAAGCUCUGUGGACAAAUCAGAGAGGGAAGAGAGAGGCAGCAAGCUGUAUGGACCAAUAAGAACAAGGGAUAAUACUCUGUGGACCAAUCAGAGAGCAGGAUAGGACUCUGUAUGAGCGAGGUGCAGUGCCGCGUUAAGAACAGCAGGGGGCGUUAUCUCCGAGCCCGUUCACUUUUCUCAGGAGCGGCACUGCAGGAGCUCCAGGGGGCGCUGUGUACAAAAAAAAAAAACAGGACACACUUUUACUGUUUUUAAGCUAAAAUCGUACGGGCCGAAAGGACGACCUC